AUGGAGGGUCGCAUUCAUCCUAAUCCUGAGAAAGCAAAAGAUUUCAUGUCCCAUCGAUUAUUUUGGGAACGUACUGGUUUUAAGGAUCCAUACAGCGCUCAAGAGCAACGAGAAUUUUCCAAAUGUGAUCAUGAAUGUCGAGACGAAAAACACAAUACGAGUGACAAUCCUUCUAAAUCAUAUUGUGAAAUGCCGCUUUUCCACGAUCUCCUUGAUCCAUCGAAAACUCUACCAAAUGAAUGUGGAUAUAUUUCACUUGAUG